AUUCUAAAUAACCACACAUGUAAAGUGGUUGAGGGAAACCAAGAAGGAACCGGGCCGAAGGAAGGAACUGCCAUCAUGAGGGUCUGUAUGUGAAAUUGUUCAAGGAUUUACAUCUGUAAGGUAACGUUAGCCGCGAACGCCUCCUCCACGUCACCGCCGUCAUUUCCGCCCCUCAGACCCCGGAUGAAGCUGCCAUUGGGGCAAGUGAGCAGGGCCACCAAGGCUGGUCGGAUUUUAAUUUAACGGCGAGGGGGGUGGCAGCGGAUCGAAGCCCCGCUGGAUUAAUGUCGACAGGGCAGCGCACGGUGCCAGCGGGGGCCACGACGAGCAGAGACACCGGCUAACGGCUGCUGCUAGCCGGCUUUCACUGUUAGCUAACUGCCGCGGAUCAGGGAAGCAGCUUUCCCAGCCAUUAGCCUGCAGCUUACAACGCCGUACGUGUCGCGAGGGUUUCUCAGUCCGACAAAACACCUGGCGGAUGAAUGAUGUCUGCCGCUAGCAUCGACCCUCAGACAACGAAAGGACAAGAUGCAAGCAAAGCUUUUCCAGUUUCAGUGCAGAAUGGUUCCCUCCACCAGAAGGACACAGUGCAUGACAAUGACUUUGAGCCGUAUCUCACAAACCAGUCUAAUCAGAAUAACAGCUAUCAAUCCAUGACAGACCCUUACCUGUCCAGCUACUAUGCCCCCUCCAUUGGAUUUCCUUACCCUCUCAGUGAGGCUCCUUGGUCUACAGGAGGUGAUCCACCAAUUCCCUACCUGACACCCUACGCCCCCCUCAGCAAUGGAGACCAUCAUUUCAUGCACGACACGGUGUUUGGACAGCCGGGCGGCCUCAGCAGCAGCAUCUACCCUCACAGGUUCAACUUUUUCCCGGAGAACCCGGCCUUCUCAGCCUGGGGAACCAGUGGCUCUCAGGGCCAGCAGACCCAGAGCUCGGCCUACGGGGGAAGCUACAGUUACCCGCCGAGCUCUCUGGGAGGCACCUUGGUCCCCGAUGGUCAGACGGGUUUCCAUAGUGACACCCUGAGUAAGGCACCGGGUAUGAACAGCCUUGAACACGGCAUGCUGGGCCUAAAGAUAGGUGGGGAUCUGACAGGAAGUGGCUUGGGUGUGAAGAGCGCAGGCUCCCUUGGAGGUGGCAGUGUGGCUGCAGCCGUUGCUACGGGCAACGGCGGCGCACCAAUUGGAAUGCCCCCUCCGAAACCGACAUCGUGGGCUGCUAUUGCUGGUAAACCUGCCAAGCUGCCGCAACAAAAGGCCAAGAACAAACUCGGCGCACCCAUAGUUGGAGGAGGUCUGCCUCCACCUCCUGUUAAACACAACAUGGACAUUGAUACAUGGGAGAAUAAAGGGGCUCUUAAUAAGAUGGCCCCUCCUUUGCCCCCCCAUCACCACCACCACCACCACCAUCACCAACAGCCCCAGCUUCACUCCCAUGCCCCCAGUCUCCUACCCCCCCUUCAACAGUCCCUGCAGUCUGCCCAGUCCCUCGUGCAGCAAAUGACCAUGCAGGGUCCCCCACUUCCUCCUCCACAGUCUUACCAGAACCACAACUCCGCUCCGACACCUCAGACCCGCUGGAUAGCGCCACGCAACCGCAACCUCUGCUACGGCGGGGGAAGCUUGGACAGCAGCGGCUCCUCCAACGGUGGCGGUGUCGGUAACGGAGGGGGCGGCGGUGCGCCCCCGGACCCGGGAUCAGAGUCCCACCCCGUGCUGGAGAAGCUGCGCGCCGUCCACAGCUACAACCCCAAGGAGUUCGACUGGAACCUAAAGAACGGACGCGUGUUCAUCAUCAAAAGCUACUCCGAGGACGACAUCCACCGCUCCAUCAAGUACUCCAUCUGGUGCAGCACGGAGCACGGCAACAAGCGCUUGGACUCGGCCUUCAGAGCUAUGAACUCUAAAGGUCCCGUCUACUUGUUGUUCAGCGUCAACGGCAGCGGCCAUUUCUGCGGCGUGGCCGAAAUGCGCUCGCCCGUGGACUACGGCACCAGCGCCGGCGUUUGGGCGCAGGACAAGUGGAAGGGCAAGUUUGAUGUGAACUGGUUGUUUGUUAAGGACGUGCCCAACAGCCAGCUGCGACACAUCCGCCUGGAGAACAAUGACAACAAGCCCGUCACCAACUCUCGCGACACUCAAGAGGUUCCCCUGGAAAAAGCCAAGCAGGUGCUCAAGAUUAUCGCCCAGUACAAACACACCACCUCCCUCUUUGAUGACUUUUCCCACUAUGAGAAGAAGCAGGAGGAGGAGGAGGUGGUGAAAAAGAGUUAUGAGCCUGCCCCAAUACAGAGCCGAUCCCGGAUCGAUCAGGAUCGCCAAAAAUAAUCCGAAGACGACAGUCGAUGGAAUUUAGACUUUAAAAAAAGGAACACUAGGACAAAAAGAAAUUGAAACUAAUAUUUUUUUCUAUUUAAUUUUUUUCGACUUGGCCCCCCAUCAAACUUUUGACCCACAACGCUCCUUGUCUCUAAGAUGUGUGCAGGGAUGAAGAAAGUUCCACCAGUUGAAUCGCUUCAAUACGUAUUUUCAUGGUUUUGUUUUGUUUUCUUUUUUUUAGCCUUACCAAUCUAUCGCUACCCCGGAACUUGCAUUCUUAACUAAAUAUAAGUAACCAAUAUCUGCACGUCUGUUUUUGAAAAUCUCUCGACAACAUGCUGCUGAUAUUCACUGACAGUUCACUUUGUGGUUUGUGUGUUGGAGAAAUGUUAAGUGCUUGUAUUGGUUAAUCUUAACGAGUAAAUAUGACUUUAUUGACAAAUGUCCACUAUCUGUUUGUGGCCGGUUGUAUUUUAUAUUUUCAGAUGAAAAAAAGUGAACUUCUAUACAGCCCAUUUUUUCAUGUGAGGGGUGUUUUACUGGGUUGCGAGGGUGAACACUGAAAGUCUCUGUGGUCAUAAUCGUGUGAGGUUGUGACGUUAGAACGCGUAAAUGUUAAUAUAUUUUGAAUAAUAUACUAACUGGUUUACAGCUAAAUUUUUCAUAAGUUGGAGAGUAUGUACGAUGUUGUCUCUCCAAGCGUCGAGCGUUAACAUUUCUUUUCAGCUCUAAAUUAAAUUAGCAAUUUGCUUUUUUUCCCAGAACUGCACCCCAAAUUCUUUCUAGGAAAAGCUGUCUAGAGAUCAAAUGCUCUUAGGUGGUCCCUCUCUUUUUUUUAAUAUAAAUUAUGGAAUCACAACUCUAUGUAUGAUUCAACUCAGAAUCUGCUUUCGUUCUUAUUCCCCUGUUCCGGUGACUUUUAUUUCCCCGCUGCUCAAACAGGAGCUCUCGGUUUAUGGGACUCCGGAGGAAAUGUGGCAUGUACUGCUUUUUAAACUCGAGCUAGGCCUGUUACUUUGUUUUUCUUUUUGUUUCUUGUUCUUUCUUAACAGAAUUACAAUCUUGCCAUCAUUGCCAUCGCUGUAACCCGUCCACAUCAUCCUCAGACAAUGUAAGCUUUAAUGUAACGGCAUUUCUAACUGAGAUCGCCUCGAAAUGUUUAACUGUAGCAUUAUACUUAACUGAUUUAUUGUCAAGUGUAUGAAAACCCAGAGACUAGCCUAUAUGGUAUAUGUUGUGUAACUUUUUUUUUCUUUUUUUUACUUGCUUGCUGUAUUUUGUGUGUGUGUGUGUGCGCGCAAGAAUGAAAGAAAGGAGAGGGAGUAUGAUUGUGGAGCAAUCAGAGUUAUAUUACUGGUAUUGGAUUAUAGAACGUUUAUGCAAAAAAAUUAAGAAGUUUUAAAGUCACCCCUGAAUUUAAUAUCCAUUGUAUCAAAGGUCACUAUCACAUACUUAGAUUUGAUCAUGUCCAUUAUUAAAGAUAUACUUAUCGGUU